AUGAGGGCUUUGGUGUGGAACUGUCAAGGUGUGGGGAGCCCCUUGACAGUUCCCCAUCUGAGGGAGGUGAAUAACCUCCUCUCUCCAAACUUGAUCUUUUUGAGUAAGACCAAGAACAAAAGACUGGUAGUUGAUAGGAUUGCUAGAGGGUUAAGGUUUGAUAAUAGUGUGGUAGUGGAAGCUAUGCACAAGUCAGGUGGUAUGGCUGUGAUGUGGAAAGAGGAUACUAAGAUCCUUGAAGUUAAUCAGACUGCUUUUACUAUAGAGGUCAGAAUUGAGGAUUAUGAGCAUCACUGUGACUGGUGGUUUGUAGGGAUUUAUGCGAGCUGUGAUGCUCAGAUUAGAAAGGAACAAUGGAGAGUCUUAAGAGAUAGAAGUAGGCUGUGGGGUGACAGAUUCUUGAUUGCAGGAGAUUUCAACGACAUAGUGUCGAAUGAUGAGAAAUGGGGUGGAACUAUCAGGGAGAAGAGAAGCCUAAAAGAUUUCAAGGAUUUUAUUGAUCAGAAUAAGUUGACAGAUUUAGGCUAUGAGGGACAUCCUUGGACUUGGAGUAACCAUUGGGAGGAAGAGGGAGAAAUCAGACAGAGGUUAGAUAGAUGUCUUUCUAGUUAUGAAAGGGUCCAGAUUUUUGAUAAGACAAGAUGUCAACACCUGGACACUUAUGCUUCUGACCAUAGUAUGCUCUUCUUAAACACUGAGCCACACAAGAUUGAGGAGCUAGGGAAAGAAUUGGACGCUGUGAGAGGUUCUAAUCCUGUAAACAAAAAAGAAGUUACUGCCGAGAUCAAGAAGCAACUAAAAGAGGCAUACAAAAAAGAAGAACAAUUCUGGUGUCAAAAGGCAAGGAUUGAAUGGUUAAGAGAUGGGGAUAAAAAUACAAGGUACUUUCAUGCACACGUCAAAGGGAGAAGAACCAGAAAUAUGAUUAGGAAACUGCAAAGGGAUGAUGGCUCUUGGACAACGAAUGAAGAGGAAGUAAUUGCUGAAAUCUCUGACUUCUUCAGAGGGUUGUUUACUAGUGGAGGGAGGAGUGAUAUGACUGAGAUGCUAGAGGGUAUCCCCCACUCUAUAACUCAAGAUAUGAACACCAAUUUAACUAAGCAAGUUGAUGAAGAUGAAAUCAAAGUAGCUCUUUUCUCUAUGCAGUCUGAUAAAGCUCCAGGCCAAGAUGGCAUGACCCCUUUAUUCUUCCAACGUUUUUGGAGUACUAUCAAAGGAGACUUGAUACCAGCAAUUCAGUCUUUUUUCAGCUCAGAAGGUUUCUCAAAUUUGUUGAAGAAAGCGGAAGAGAGAAAUGAUAUAAAAGGGUUGAGGAUUAGCAGACAAGGACCAAUCCUCACACACCUUUUUUUCGCAGAUGACUCCCUCAUUUUUUGUAAAGCAAAUGUACAGCAGGCCAAUGAAAUCAUGAAGAUUCUCAAAAAGUAUGAGGAGGCCUCAGGGCAGCUGAUCAACCUGGAGAAGUCUUCUGUUUUCUUUAGUAAAAAUAUGCCCAUGGAACAAAAACAAGCUGUGUGUAGCUCACUGGGAGGAAUGACAGAGAUGAAAAAGGCAAGUAUCUAG